AUGAUGAAUACUUCCUCCAAAAUCCUCUUUUUCAUUAUAUUGGUGUUCACUACCGCUUCAGGAGUUCAAUUUGAUAAAUCGAAGAAAAAUAAUAUUGUGAUGGCUGGGAUUGCCCACCUGACAGGAUGCCUGCUUGUUAUAAUUUCCUUUGUUCGCCACCGCCGCUGCCUCAAGAUCAAGCCACCACCGGCGCUUGCAGAUCCAGUCAUUUCCGUCUCAACCACCGAUGUGUCCGGAUCUUGA